CUGGGGGCCGUGGACGAGGGAGAAGCAGCAGCAGACCAUGUACUCAGACAGCCGAUUAUGAAAGGCUUGAGGAUCUUCAACAGAGGAGGAGAGCUGACAUGCAGGCCAGACUACAAUCACUUGAAGCAGAUCAAAGAGAUGGUCUGCUCCAAUUAGUGCUAGACAGAUUACCUGGACUGCUGUUUGAUCUCCUUGCACUGCAAGACAAUCCUCAAAUACCUCCUGUAACUGGACAUAUGCAUUGGUGUGUGUGUUCAAACUGUAGAGACAUGCCUACAGAUAUUGAGAGACUCUGCUGUGGUCAGCAUCCAGACAGCUGCAUUAGUAAACUGCCACACAUGGACUUCUACAUCCUGGAUGAGGGAGUUCUGCGUCUAGCUCGUGCUGCGUGGAAUGACAUCUUUGCAGUCGAUGAUGUCCAGGAACCAGGUGAAGAGCAGCGCUCUUACAGACAUGCAGCUUAUAGGAAUUUCGUGCUCUGGCAACAUGGGCGUUUGGGGGAGGGCAACAGAACGGUCAUAGCAAGCUGUGUUGUGUGGCGCAUUAGGGACAAGUAUCCAGAUGCUAACGGACAAUACACAGGCUUUAGAGUGCGCCGGCUUCCAUGACUUAUUAUCAAUAAAAAGAGUACAUGUGUUAUAUUUAUUUUGUACUUCAAGAAGAUUCUACAAUUGUUUACGUCUUUGGAAGUAGAUUUUACUGUUAUUUCUCUAACUACCAAUUGACUUGCAGUACCAAAGAAAACAUAAUAAUAAUAAAAGAAUACUAUGCACAGUGUAAAAGUUAUAAUAUUCAAUAUUUUAUUUUAUUCAAAUAAAGAAACAAUGUUUGUUUUGUAA